UUCCUUUCCAACUAGCUGUAGUUUCCCUUUCAAGCGGCAAGUCACACACGACUCCAGCCGAGAUCAUGGCAAGAUGUGGUGCUGUUUCAUGGGUGCACCUGCUCUGCUUCAUCAGCAUGCUAUGCCAAGGGGCUUUGUCCUUGGAUCAUGUGCCAAUGCUGCUCUGGUCAACGCACAGAUCCUUCCAAGGCUUGGCAACAACUUUGCAUGAAGGACAUAUUAUCUCAAAACAGGAGCUGCAUAUGUUACUGAAGCAUGCUAUUGUUUCUCCAGAUCCCAGAAACUUCCUAUUGUUUCUUCAAGAUACGCUUAGUGUGGAUGAUUUCACACGUUACGCCGACCCCUCUGGAAAUGAGACACCAUUUCGCAAUGUUCAGGAACUUCUGAAGACUUCAUCAUCAUCUUUAGUUUUGCCAGCUGUAGACUGUCAUGCUGUCCGUCACCUUUCACGCUACCUCCAGGAAACUCUGAAAUGGCCUAUAGUAAAUGUAGAUGGCAAGGAUAUAUCGCAGCUAGUGGUGAAUGUAUCCAAACCCAAUGUGUUUGUGAUAAAGCUACCGCCAAACAAGAGGACUAAUGAACUUUCCACUCGAAAGGAGCUCCUGGAAAAUGACAAAAUAAUUGGAGCAGUUACUAAGUCUUUGCAGCAACAAGGAAUUGAGUCUGUGGCCAUUUAUACAGCAAGGCGACCUUCAAAGGUACCAGUAGGACCUGAUGAAGCAUGGCAUACCAGGCGGCAGCUAAUGUCUGUCGAAAACCAAACAUCUGAUCUGUAUGUUCCAGUGAAUGUAACCAAUGGAACAGACUCCAAUAUUACAUGCAUCCUUUUUUAUGCCACUAAUUUCAACUUGACAGCCAAUGGCACUGUCCCCAUGAAUCUAACAUCUUCAACGUUUGAGUCUCAUCACGUGAAUACCAGUGCAUCUAAUUGUUCAAUGACUGAUGCAAUGUUGUCAUUACAAUACACCAAUCUAACAAAUACCAUUGAGAGUCUGGAAAUCAGAUUUCUGAUGACCAACAAAUACUAUAACGGCUCUGCUCGAAACUGGUUCACUUUAGAUUUUGUUCAUAUUCUACAAGACAACAGGGAAACUGCUGUAUUUAAUGUCUCCAUCAUCUCUGGUCCUGCGGAGUAUUCAUUUCAUUGCCAGCUGGUGGGAACAAGCAACCGCUAUGGUGUAACGCUGAUUCCAGCUAGCAGUGAAGCUCAAUACUGGGAAGUUGUCAUUUCUGAGUUCCAAAUUCAAGCAUUCAAUGUGGAAAACAACAGGUUUUCCUAUGCAAGUGACUGUUCAACAUUCUUCACCCCUGCAAUUUGGAUGGGUUUGGUGACCUCAUUAAUUUUGUUACUGAUUCUGACCUAUGGAAUACACAUGAUUGUGAACCUAACAACCAACAAUAGGUUUGAUGACCCCAAAGAUCCACCUCUUUCAGUCCCUCAAACAGAAUAGCACCAAGUAUGACACAAUGUCUGUCAAGUGGUUAGCCCUUGGUGUGCAUUUUUUUUAAUAGCCAGCUGCAGGAUGGUCAAGCUGAAUCAGGCCCAUGGCAUAGUGGAAGAGGCGGCUUUCAUCCUUUUCUGCUCUCCAUGGACCUGAUCAGAAUCUCUCCUCCCCCUAAACACAGUGGGAGGCAAGUCACAGCAGCACUAACAGGAGCUUUCCUCCCAUUGAGAAUAGCAGCAAGGGCCCCCAAUUCCGAUCACGACCACAGCAUGGGGCAAUUGAUUAACCCCCUUGCAAUCCUCCCUGUCAUGACUGCAAUCUGGGUAGCCCUCUGCAUUGGCUAAUUGUGCACCAGGGCUAACCACACACCACAUCUAGUUUGGUCUGAAGUACAAAUGAGUACUUAGACAUAUGAAAAUGGAAAUGGACUGCCUUCAAGUCGAUCCCGACUUAUGGCAACCCU